GGGAUGCAGUUAAAAUCAUUGGUAUCCGCACGCAGUAGCCAAUAUAUUUCACGCGACCGCAGUUUAAAUUUAAACCUAUUCCACUUUUGAAUCGGACUGGCCCGCGGAAAAGCGGAAAAUUCCUCGACUUUUCAGUUAUGACAAACGAACUCGAGUGCCCCGUAGCCUAGACUAGUGUUCGUAGUGUUCGAUACUGGGCUAAUCCUGCCCAUGAUGCCUCAAAUCCAGUGCAAAUAGUGUAUUGGAAAUAGAAAAUUCGAAAUCGCCCCAGUAAUAAGUUAUGCAAUACAUUUUCGAAUUCGUGCCAAUGUGCGUGAGUUAAUCAAGUGUGCGAAGUCGAGUAAAUCGAGUGAUUCGAAGUCAAAAUAAUCAAAUCAGCCGGAAUGGAUGCCGUGGCGGAUAUCGUGUUUGUGAGUCGGGACUACCAGGCCCAGUCGCUGGCCUCGGACGAGAUCAGCGUUUCUCGCGGGGAUCUGGUCGAACUGAUAAGUUCGAAGGCUUCCGAGAAGUCAAGAUGCUUUGUGCGAAUGUUCGACAGCGGGGACUCCCCCAAGGAAGGCUGGGUGCCCAUUGAGAUACUUGAGUUCAAUCCCACCAUGAGUAGUUCGAAUGGCAAGGAGAGUGGCGAUGCGGAGUUUAGGAAACUAACCAUUCUCAGGGAGCUGGUGGAAACCGAGGAGGAGUUCUCCAGGGACCUGCUCCACGUGGUGGAGAAGUACAUCAAGGGCAUCGACAAGCCGGUGGUGCCGCGCUCCGUGCGGGACAACAAGGACAUCAUAUUCUGCAACUUUCUGCAAAUCGCCGAGUUUCACAACAACGUGCUGAAGGAGGGCCUGAAGUGCUACAGCAACCAGCCGAACAUGGUGGCCAAGACCUUCCUGCGCCUGGAACGGGACUUCGACAAGCAUGUGGUGUACUGCCAGAACGAGCCCUUGGCCCAGGACUACCUGGGCUCGAAUCCCGAUGCCAAGAAGUACUUUCAAGAACUUUCGAAACAGCUCGGAGACGACAAAUCUCUGGCAGAACACCUCAAGCUCCCCAUCCAGAGAAUAAACGACUACCAGCUUCUGUUCAAGGACUUCAUUAAGUACUCGCUAAGCUUGAAAGAGAACGUUAAAGACUUGGAGAGGGCCUUAGAGUUAAUGCUUAGUGUGCCCAGUAGAGCGUACGACAAUAGGUUUCUUUCCAGCAUCGAGGGCUGUCGUGGUAACAUCUACAAGUUGGGCCGCCUGCUCCUCCAUUCCUGGUGCAACGUGGUCGACAAGGAGGGCAAGGCGCACGAUCGCUACUGCUUCCUCUUCAAGUCGCGCAUUCUGGUGACCAAGGUGCGCAAGAUAUCCGAGAAUCGAUCCGUGUUCAUACUGCAGAACAUCGUGAAGCUGCCCCUCUGCAACAUCGAGCUCAAGGCCGACGAGAAGCAGAUCCACUUGAGUCUCAAGGCGCCGGAGCCCAACUCCUUCCUACCCAUUGACAUUAAGCCCCACGGCCCAGAGGCUCACUUGACCUGGUUCAACGAGAUCUCUAGCCACAUCAACCAGGACGUCACCUUGCAAGAGCACACCGCCGAUGACCUCAAGGUCGACGCGUCCCAAAUCGCUUCCGAAAGCGAGCUAAUCCUCCAUCUUCCGCAACGGGCCGAGGCCCACGAUCCGAAUCUCAGUGUCCGUCCCUCUGACGUGGCUGAGAACUACUUCCUGAGCAAGGAGACCAAGGAGCGCCUUCAGCACGAGCAGCAGGAGCUGCUGAAGCUAGAGCAGGAGGCCAUUGAGCUGUACAAGAAGCAGCAGUCUUCCAAGUCCAUCUCCUCCAAGACCGAGUCUGUGGAGAUCUCCAGCUCCCAGGUCAAAACAACCUCGGAAGUCCGUAAAGAGGCUCCUGCCAAAGUGGUAUCUCCUUCUCCUCCACCACAAGCUCAAGUGAAGGAGGUUACUCCCGUGAAGGUAGUGUCUCCCACACCACCACCGAAGGCGGUUACUCCUGCAAAGGUAGUGACUCCUCCACCAGCGCCGCAAGUGGUUACUUCUCCAGUAAAGGAGGUUGCUCCUCCACCACAGCCUCCAGCGGUCGCUUCUCCUGUUAAGGAGGCAACUCCUUCGCAGCCCGAGCCUGUCAAGGCUGCCUCUCCUGUCAAGGAAGUCCGAAAAGAAGUGUCCUCGUUAGCUUCACAUUCCAAGGAAGUCGAAGCUUUAGCGGCGACAGAGAUUCGCGAAUCUGUAACCGAGACCAGGUCAACUGUAGUCGAAUCAGGCCAGUCAAGUGAGAUCCGGGAGCAGAUAUUAGUCACAGAAGAGAGCUCCUUAGCCGGUAAGCAAGCCGAAGAUCUCGAGCGAGAACCGUCACCAUGUUCGAUUCCAAAGAUCCAAGUAUACCGACCCGUAGAAUGCGAAAACCCUGUGGUAACCAAGCACAAGCCCAUCGAGCUGAAAGACAUUGUUGGCUACAGCGAGUCCCUCCGCGAUGGAGACACCGCUCCUCCGGGGGGAUCGCAGGGCCGCCAGCAGGGGUACACCGCCAACAUAACCGACCACGCUUCACUAACCAUCUGGAAUAACCGGCUAGCCAACAUCGCCGGCGAUCGCAGCGGGGCCAACCAGCACCUGCAGCAGUCUGGUCCCCCGCCGCCGCCCAUUCCGCCCAACUUCACGCGCAUGCCCGGCUUCUUCCAACCGCUUCCACUAAUCGCUUACGAGACCACCAUCGAGAUACUAAUAGUCAAGGCACGCCCCCCCUCACCGCCGCCUCCGCCGCCGCCCACCAUCAAGCGCGUCCUAGUCCAUACUGAGAGUCUAGAGCAGCGGACGCAGAACUUCUUCGAGGGCAUCUAUGAUGCGGCCUCCUCGGACACAUCGCUUCGCAAUGCCAAGCAGAAGAUCCGCAGCAUCAAGAGCACGGUGCUCAAGUCGAAGGACUCCACCAACUAUGCCCAAGACACCGUGCAGAAGGCCAAGGCCCGCGACUUCCUGCACAUUUUCACCCCGCCUGUUAAGAAACGACCCAUUUACGAGAUCGUUGAGGAGCCCGUUAAUAUCUUUGAGCUUGAAGGCGACUAUACCGAGUCUAUUGCUGACGAUUUCAGAGAGCCAAGUGCCGAUUUCGAAGCCAGGGGCCAAAGCGUCGGUGGUAUGGAUGAUUAUUAUUCUGGCUACUCGAGGGCUUCAACACGUCGCUAUGAAACCAAAUCUCGGGACUACGACCGGGGAACCUCCUAUGACAGCACCGUCGAGCGAUCGCAGUAUGGCAUAAGCUCCAGGCGGGAUCGCAGUUCCGUCGACAAGGUCGAAGCCCGUUCCUCUCUUCUGGCCACUGGACGCACAGAGAGCCGUGCUGCAAGUCGCGCCGAAAGCCGAGCCGAGAGCCGUGCCUCCUACUCUGUGGCAGAAUCGCGUGCCGGAAUCCGGUCAUCGUCCCGUCUCCAAGAGGAUCGACCCCUGCGCUCCGUCGACAAGCCAGUGGUGGUCAAGAUGUUGAAGAGCGUGCAAGUGGAACCUGGAGAGACUGCCCACUUUGAGAUCCAAUUCAAGGAUCAGCCUGGACUGGUUACUUGGCUGAAGGACAACAAGCCGCUGGAGGAUCGUUUGGCCGACAGAAUCACCCAAACUGCCGCUCCCAUGAACUCCUACCGGUUGGACAUCAAGAACUGCAGCGAGACCGAUGCGGGUACCUACACCAUUCGGGCCCAGUCCGCAUCCGAAACGACAACUGUGUCGGCGCAACUGGCGGUUGGUCAAGCCCCUGGUCAUGAUGAAACCAAAACCAAUACGGAGCCAGCCUUCCUGGUCAGCUUGAAGGAUGCUGAGAUGAUCGAGAACACUCUCUUCCGUUUCAUGAUCAAGAUUAUAGGAGAUCCCAAGCCAAGGGUUAAAUUCUACAAGGAUGAAAAGGAGAUACUCGAAACCAAUGACAGGAUCCAAAUUAUACGGGACAAGGACUAUCUUGGUUUCUAUGAGCUGGUGAUUGCCGACGUGCAGAAGACCGACGCGGGAACCUACUCCUGCAAGGCCACCAACAAGCACGGCGAAGCCAACUGCGAGGCUGUCGCCACCACAGUGGAGGACAAGAAUCCAUUUGGCGCACUAAGCGGCCAAAUUCUGCCAGCUGGAGAGAAGCCGGUCUUCCAAUGGAAGCGCAACGGCGAGGAGUUCGAUCCCGAGGAGCGGUUCAAGGUGCUCUUCGGGGAGGACGAGGACUCUCUGGCCCUGGUCUUCCAGCAUGUGAAGCCCGAGGAUGCGGGCAUCUACACCUGCGUGGCCCAGACGUCCACCGGCAACAUCUCGUGCAGUGCCGAGCUCUCGGUUCAGGGUGCCAUCCAGACCCUAAACCGGGAGCCCGAGAAGCCCACCCUGGUGAUCGAGCACCGCGAGGCGAACGCAAGCAUCGGCGGCUCGGCCAUCCUGGAGCUCCAGUGCAAGGGCUUCCCCAAGCCGGCGGUGCAGUGGAAGCACGACGGUGAGGUCAUCCAGGUGGACGACAGGCACAAGUUCAUGUACGAGGAUGAGGAGAGCAUGUCGCUGGUGAUCAAGAACGUCGACACCGUCGACGCCGGAGUUUACACCAUUGAGGCCAUCAAUGAGCUGGGCCAGGACGAGUCCUCCAUUAACUUGGUAGUAAAAGCUCCUCCCAAAAUCAAGAAGAUCACGGACAUCACUUGCUCGGCCGGCGAGACCAUCAAGAUGGAAAUCGAAGUGGAGGGCUUCCCACAGCCCACCGUCCAGGUGACCAAUAAUGGCAAGGACGUGACCGCCGAGAGCAACGUCAAGAUCUCCUCGAGUUCCAUUGGCAAGAGUCUGGAGAAGGUCGUUGUCGAGGUGAAGGAGAUCAAGCUGUCCCAAGCUGGCAACUACUCCAUCAAGGCCACCAACGAUCUUAGCCAGACCUCAGAGUACUGGAGCUGCACGGUGAAGUCGAAGCCCGUGAUUGUGAAGAACUUCGAGAGCGAGUACAUCCACGGGGAGAAGGAGAACGUCCAGAUGACGGUGCGGAUCGAUGCCUAUCCGGAGGCCAAGCUGACUUGGUACCACGACGAGACCGAGAUCAAGAUAACCGACGCGAAGUACACGGUUAGCAGCGACGGCAAUGCCUACACCCUGAAGAUUAGCGGAGCCACCCGUGUGGAUGCUGGAAAGUACACCGUGAAGGCCACCAACGAGCACGGAUCGGCCACCAGCUCCACCCAGCUGCUCAUCAAGUGCGCUCCUGAAUUCACUCACAAGCUGAAGAACAUUACUGUGGCCGAGGGCGACUCCAAUGUGGAGCUCGUGGUGGGUGUGGAUGCCUAUCCUCGGCCGCACGCCAAGUGGUACAUCGAUGGCAUCGAGAUCGACGAGAAGAGGAACGACUUCCGUCACGUGGAGGAGGGCAACGACUUCAAGCUGAUCAUGAACAAGGUGGCCACCAACAUGCAGGGCAACUACACCUGCAAGAUCAUGAAUGACUAUGGAAAGCUGGAGGACAACUGCGUGGUGACCGUCAACUGCAAACCCAAGGUCAAGCGCGGACUCAAGAACGUUGAGGUCCAGGAGGGCAAGUCCUUCACUUUGGAAGUGGAAGUUUACAGUGAACCGGAGGCCAAAAUUAAAUGGUUCAAGGAUGGUCAUGAAAUUUAUGAAGAUGCGCGAAUUAAAAUCUCUCGGGACACCCAGCGCAUUGAGAACUACUAUCUCACCUUGAAUCUGGCCAGGACCGAGGAUGCGGGCACCUAUGAGAUGAAGGCCACCAACUUUAUUGGCGAGACCACCUCCACGUGCAAGGUGGCCGUCCUAACUAGCGAGGCUUUGUCUCUGGAACAGACCGUGACAAAAACUUUGAUUGCGACCACCGAAGAACCUGAAGAAGGGGCCGUUCCGGAAAUCGUCCACGUCGAUGUCUUCCAGCAGCACAGCUACGAAAGUGUGCCCCUCAAGUACGAGGUCAUUGCCACGGGCAUUCCCAAGCCGGAAGCGAUUUGGUACCACGAUGGAAAGCCCAUCACGCCCGACAAGCACACCGCUAUCACCGUCGAUGGGGACCACUACAAGCUGGAGGUGCAGUCCCUGGAUCUGGUGGACGCGGGCGAGUACAAGGUGGUUGUGCAGAACAAGGUUGGCGAGAAGUCGCAUCAGGGAGAACUUUCCCUGUCAGGCAUCGCUGAAUACCGCAAGCCCAUUCUGACCCAAGGUCCUGGACUGAAGGACAUAAAGGUCAACAAGGGCGACAAGGUCUGCGAACCAGUUGUGUUCACAGCUGAUCCCGCUCCUGAAAUAGUCCUGCUCAAGGAUGGUCAGCCCGUCGUGGAGAGCAAAAACCUCAAGCUGAAGGUGGAAAAGAAGGACGCAGAGAACGGAUUGGUUCAGUACAGCUGCUCCCUGAACAUAUUGGAAGCUGAGAUCAAGGAUUCCGGACGCUAUGAACUGAAGGUGAAGAACAAGUACGGUGAGCUGGCCACUAGCGGAUGGAUCGACGUGCUGGCCAAGCCGGAGAUCUCUGGCCUGAACGACACCAAGUGUCUGCCCGGCGACACCAUUUGCUUCGAGGCUCUGGUCCAGGCCAAUCCGAAGCCAAAGGUUUCCUGGACUCGCGGCAACGAGAACCUCUGCAACCAUGAGAACUGCGAGGUCAUCGCGGACGUGGAUGCCGAUAAGUACCGCCUGGUGUUCCAGUCGGUCUCACCCAGCGAGGACGGCAAGUACACCAUCACAGCCACCAACAGCGAGGGAAGGGCCACCGUGGACUUUAACUUGGCAGUACUGGUGGAGAAACCCACUUUCAUAGUGCAGCCCGAGAGCCAGAGCAUCCACGACUACAGGCCCGUUUCCACGAAGGUUCUGGUGCACGGUGUUCCACUGCCCACAAUUGAGUGGUUCAAGGACGACAAGCCCAUCAACUAUGAAGCCAUCAACAAGCCCGGCAAGGACAAGCUGUACGCCAAGGAGGACACCAAGAAGGCCUCCGACCAAAUCGAGAGUGUGCUGGACAUCAAAUCCUUCAGGGAAAACGAUGUGGGAGCGUACACCUGUGUGGCCACCAAUGAAAUCGGAGUGACCAAGGCGCCCUUCAAGCUGGCUCUGCUGGCCCUCGCACCCAGCUUCGUGAAGAAGCUGGACAAUGCUCUGGAUGUGCUGCAGGGCGAACCUCUUGUGCUGGAGUGCUGCGUGGAUGGAAGCCCUCUGCCCACUGUCCAGUGGCUCAAGGACGGCGAUGAAGUCAAGCCUAGCGAAAGUAUUAAGAUUUCUACCAAUCCGGAUGGCCUGGUGAAGCUGGAGAUCAACAGCUGCCAGCCCAAUGAUUCGGGAGCAUACAAGCUGAUUAUAUCCAAUCCUCAUGGCGAGAAGGUGGCUCUGUGUGCGGUGGCCGUUAAACCUGAGGAGAUGCAGCCCAAGUUCCUCAAGCCCAUCACCAGCCAAACCGUUGUCGUCGGCGAGCCCCUGAAGCUGGAAGCCCAGGUCACUGGAUUCCCAGCCCCGGAGGUCAAGUGGUACAAGGACGGCAUGCUGCUGCGCCCAAGUCCGGAGAUCAACUUUAUCAACAGUCCCAAUGGUCAGAUUGGCCUGAUCAUCGAUGCUGCUCAGCCAUUGGACGCCGGAGUCUACAAGUGCGUGAUUGCCAACAAGGGCGGCGAGAUCGAGGGCGUGUCCAAGGUGGAGAUUGUGCCCAAGGAGUCGAAGCCCGUGUUUGUGGCCGAGCUGCAGGAUGCCUCCAGCAUUGAGGGCUUCCCCGUGAAGAUGGACAUCAAGGUGGUUGGAAACCCGAAGCCGAAACUUCAGUGGUUCCACAACGGCCACGAAAUCAAGCCCGAUCCCAGCCACAUUGCCAUUGUGGAGAAUCCGGACAACAGUACGAGCCUUAUCAUCGAGAAGACGGUGCCCGGUGACUCCGGACUGUACGAGGUGAUUGCCCAGAAUCCCGAGGGAUCGACCGCCUCCAAGGCGAAGCUCUACGUGGCUCCCAAGGCCGACGAAACGGCUACAGAGGAGGCGCCCCAAUUCGUGUCCGCUCUGCGGGAUGUGAACGCGGAUGAGGGUCAGGAGCUGGUGCUCUCCGCUCCGUUUAUUUCGAACCCCAUGCCCGAGGUGAUUUGGUCAAAGGAUGGCGUAACCCUGACUCCCAACGAGCGCCUCCUUAUGACCUGCGACGGCAAGCACAUUGGACUGACCAUCAAGCCGGCCGAAGCUGCCGACUCAGGAAACUACACCUGCCUUCUGGCCAACCCGCUGGGCGAGGACUCCUCCGCCUGUAACGCCAAUGUCAGGAAGGUCUACAAGCCGCCGGUCUUCACGCAGAAGAUAUCCGACCAGCAGCAGGUGUUCGGCAACAACGCCAAGAUCCCCGUGACUGUUUCCGGAGUCCCCUAUCCGGACCUGGAGUGGUACUUCCAGGACAAGCCCAUCCCCAAGUCGGACAAGUACAGCAUCAAGAACGACGGCGACCACCACAUGCUGAUUGUGAACAACUGUGAGAAGGGCGACCAGGGCGUGUACAAGUGCAUCGCUAGCAACAGGGAAGGCAAGGACAUCACCCAAGGACGCCUCGACAUCGUCAAUGAGAUUAAGAAGCACUCCCGAUCGGAACCACCAGUGUUCCUGAAGAAAAUCGGCGAUUGCGACAUCUACGAGGGAAUGGUGGCCAAGUUCACGGCAUGCGCCACCGGAUACCCGGAACCGGAGGUAGAGUGGUUCAAGAACGACCAGAAGCUCUUCCCCUCGGACCGGUUUUUGAUCGAUGUGGAGCCCAACGGCCUCCUCAGGCUGACCAUCAAGAAUGUGACCGAGUACGAUGUGGGCCGCUACUCCUGCCGCAUUUUCAACCCGUACGGCGACGAUAUCUGCCAUGCCGAGCUGUUCUACGACUCUCUGGAUAGUCAGCAGAAGCCCCUGGAGGACCAGUACACCGAUUUCAAGAAGUACAAGAAGUCUGGUGCUCCUCCGCCGUUGUCGGAGGGUCCAAUUAUUUCUCGGAUGACCGAUCGCGGUCUGCUCCUGACGUGGAAUCCUUCGGUGCCUCUGACUCCGCGCUAUCCCAUCACUUACCAGAUCGAGAUGAUGGAUCUGCCGGAGGGCGAUUGGCGUACUCUGAGGACGGGAGUUCGCAGCUGUGCCUGUGAUAUCCGUAACCUGGAACCAUUCAGGGACUAUCGGUUUAGGGUGCGCGUGGAGAACAAGUUUGGUGUGAGCGACCCCAGUCCAUAUACCCAGACCUACAGGCAAAAACUGGUGCCUGAUCCACCAAAGACGUACACCUAUCUGCCUCCAGGCACUGACUUCAGGCCAGAAACCUCGCCCUACUUCCCCAAGGACUUCGACAUCGAGAGGCCUCCACAUGACGGCCUUGCACAGGCUCCUCAAUUCCUGCUGCGCGAACAAGACAUCAGCUACGGCGUCAAGGAUCACAACACCGAGCUGAUGUGGUUCGUCUACGGCUAUCCCAAGCCAAAGAUGACCUACUACUUUGAUGACAUGAUCAUUGAAUCGGGCGGCAGAUUCGACCAGAGCUACACUCGCAACGGACAGGCCACGCUCUUUAUUAACAAAAUGCUGGAUCGUGAUGUUGGCUGGUACGAGGCUGUGGCCACAAACGAACAUGGCGAGGCUAGGCAACGCGUCAGACUGGAGAUUGCCGAGCAUCCCAGGUUCCUCAAGCGCCCAGAUGAGACCUUCAUCAUGGCCCGCAAGAAUGGCAGGAUCGAGGCCAAGCUGGUGGGCAUUCCGCUGCCAGAGGUGCAUUGGUUCAAGGACUGGAAGCCGAUUGCCGACUCUUCCCGCAUCAAGAUUAGCUCAUAUGACCCCGAUAUCUACGUGCUCUCGAUCCACGACUCGAUCAUCAAGGACGGCGGCUUGUACUCCAUCAGUGCCAGGAACAUUGCCGGAUCCAUUAGCACGUCGGUCACCGUGCACAUCGAGGAGAAUGAGGAUCAGUACAUCUACAAGACCUACGGCAGACAUCCUUACGUGCGCUCCAAGCAGCUGCGCUACCAGGACAAGUACGACAUUGGAGAUGAACUGGGCCGUGGAACCCAGGGCAUCACAUAUCACGCCGUGGAGCGAUCCUCCGGCGACAACUACGCCGCCAAGAUCAUGUACGGAAGACCCGAGCUGCGGCCAUUCAUGCUGAACGAACUGGAGAUGAUGAACACGUUCAACCACAAGAACCUGAUCCGUCCAUACGAUGCCUACGACACCGAUCGCAGUGUGACCCUGAUCAUGGAACUGGCUGCCGGCGGGGAGCUGGUCAGGGACAACCUCCUUCGUCGCGACUAUUACACGGAGCGAGACAUCGCCCACUACAUCAGGCAGACUCUGUGGGGCUUGGAGCACAUGCACGAAUUGGGAGUGGGCCACAUGGGUCUAACGAUCAAGGAUCUGCUGAUCUCCGUGGUCGGCGGUGAUAUCAUCAAGGUGUCUGACUUCGGACUGUCGAGGAAGAUCAACAGGCACAAUCUGUCCACUCUGGACUACGGAAUGCCCGAGUUUGUUUCGCCCGAGGUUGUGAACAAGGAGGGAGUCAAUUUCUCCCACGACAUGUGGACUGUCGGCCUGAUCACCUACGUGCUCCUUGGCGGUCACAAUCCAUUCCUGGGCAUUGACGACAGGGAGACUCUGACCAAGAUACGGGAGGGUCGCUGGGACUUCAAGGACGAGAUUUGGACCCACAUUUCAGAUGAUGGCCGCGACUUCAUCAGCCGCUUGCUGCUCUACAGUCCCGAGGAACGCAUGGAUGUGAAGACCGCUCUGAAGCACCCCUGGUUCUUCAUGCUCGAUCGCCAAGUGUACGACCACGACUACCAGAUCGGAACCGACCGGCUGCGCAACUACUACGACCACUUCAGGGACUGGUAUGCCAACGCCUCCUGCAAGAACUACUUCCGCCGCCGUCGCCUCAGCGGCUGCUUCCAGCAUCCGUCCAAGAUGGUCUAUCCCCCGGGACAUGUUUACACGCCGGAGAACACCCCGGAGCCCCUGCCGGAGCCUAGGAUCAGGGCCAAGCGCGAGGAAGUGGUCUCCAAGUACUUGCAUCCCGACUACGAACUGGGACUCAUUCAAUCGGAGAGUCACUACCAAUACGGACCGGAUACCUAUCUACUGCAACUGCGAGAUGUCAACUUCCCGGUAAGGUUGCGAGAGUACAUGAAGGUGGCCCAUCGCCGAUCGCCGUCCUUUGCUUUGAACGAUUCAGUGGAUUGGUCGCUGCCCGUGAUCCGCGAACGACGCCGUUUCACCGACAUCAUGGACGAGGAGAUCGACGACGAACGCACCCGCAGUCGCAUCAGCAUGUACGCGGCCAACGAAUCGUACUCCAUCAGACGUCUGCGUACGGAGCUGGGACCCCGGCUGGAUGAGUACACCGAGGCGGACGCCAUGAUCGAGACCCAGCGGGAGGGCUAUCCGCCCUUCUUCCGGGAGAAGCCGCAAACCAUCGCCAUAACCGAGAACCAGCCCAGCCACAUCCACUGCUUCGCCGUGGGAGAUCCCAAGCCGUGUGUGCAGUGGUUCAAGAACGACAUGGUGCUGACCGAGAGCAAGAGGAUCAAGAUAUCGGUGGACGAGGACGGUCGCUCCAUCCUGCGCUUCGAGCCGGCCCUUCACUUCGACGUCGGCGUCUACAAGGUGGUGGCCAGGAACAAGGUGGGUCAAACCGUGGCCCGUUGCCGCAUUGUGGUGGCCACCCUGCCCGAUGCCCCCGACUCGCCCGAGAUUUCUGCCAACAGUGGCACCGAGAUCCUGCUCCGCUGGAAGCAGCCACGCGACGACGGCCACUCCACAGUUCUCUGCUACAGUCUGCAGUACAAGUUGAGCAACUGCGAUGCCUGGACCACGGUGGCGGACAACAUUGACCACGAGUUCUAUUUGCUGCACGACUUGCAGCCCAAUACCAACUACCAGUUCCGCUUGGCCUCCAAGAACCGCAUCGGUUGGAGCGAGAUGGGCAUCCCGGUGAGCGCCUCGACGGUGGGCGGAGAUGCACCCAAAAUCCACAUCACCAAGGCCAUGAAGCAUUUACAGCAGCUCACCGAGAACGGGCAUCAAGUGGUUCCCGAGGAGGAGCGCGUCCACACCGACUACCACUGUGAGCGGGAACCCCCUAACUGGGUGACCGACUCCUCCGUCAGCGACAAGUACAGCUUCAUCUCGGAGAUCGCCCGCGGCGAGUUCAGCACCAUUGUGAAGGGCAUCCAGAAAUCCACCGACACCGUGGUGGUGGCCAAGAUCCUGGAGGUGACCGACGAGAACGAGGACAAUGUGGUGGCUGAGUUUGAUAACUUCAAAACGCUCCGUCACGAACGGAUCCCGGCUCUAUUUAGUGCCUACAAGCCGCUGAAUGUGCCCAUUGCCAUCUUUGUGAUGGAGAAGCUCCAGGGCGCCGACGUGUUGACCUACUUCAGCAGCCGGCACGAGUACUCCGAGCAGAUGGUGGCCACUGUGGUGACCCAGCUGCUGGAUGCCCUCCAGUAUUUGCACUGGCGUGGCUACUGCCACCUGAACAUCCAGCCGGACAACGUGGUCAUGGCCUCUGUGCGCUCCAUUCAGGUGAAACUGGUCGACUUUGGAUCAGCCAAGAAGGUCAACAAGCUGGGCAUGAAGGUCACGCCCUGCGGCUCCCUAGACUUCCAGCCACCAGAGAUGAUCAACGACGAGCCCAUAUUCCCGCAGAGCGACAUCUGGUCGCUGGGAGCGCUCACUUACUUGCUCCUGUCCGGAUGCAGUCCAUUCCGCGGAGCCGACGAGUACGAGACCAAGCAAAACAUCUCCUUCGUCCGCUACAGGUUCGAGAAUCUUUUCAAGGAGGUCACGCCCGAGGCCACGCGCUUCAUCAUGCUCCUCUUCAAGCGCCAUCCCACCAAACGGCCAUACACCGAGGAUUGCUUGGAGCACAGGUGGCUCAUGUCGUCGGACUACAUGGUCAGGAAGCGCGAACGUGCCAUCUUUCUGGGCAGCCGUCUCAAGACGUUCUGCGACGAGUACCACGACCUCAAGAACGCCUCGGCCACGUCGUCCAAGGUCCUGAACACGGUCGCCGGCGGACCUACCCCAACUCAACUACUUCGAUCGAAUAGCAUCCAGGAGGAACUGCUCACAACAUUUUAGUCAAUUAGCUGCGAAGUAGUGUUAAGGGAGAUGUUGUUUUUAUUUCUUGUAUAUAUGGAAUAUAUAUAAGUGUACAACAUGCAAAUUCUAUAUAUAUAAAUAUAUUAUCUGGUUAAUUAAAGCGAAAUUAUUCAAAUUCAAAA